CCAAUACACAGAGAAUCAUUUAAAGGUUACCAACAGCGACGUGGAGGGACACCAGCAGAACUGAACUGUCCUACAUUAAUAGUUAUCUAAUAUUGAUACGUUUACCUUAUCGUUCCUGCUUCUAUUAUACCAAACGGACUACAAAUUAUGUUCUGUGAGACGGACUGUGCGGAAAGAUGUUCCUAGAAUUGUUGUGAAAGGCUCUUGACGAUUGAAGUCUUCUCGGUUGUCAUGCGAUUCCAGAUCAAUGUUUUACAUAUUUUAGAUAGGUAGAUUUGCCUGUUUCUUGUUUUGUUUCAACCUUAGUGGUUGUGUUAGCUACAACAACAUGAAGUUUCAAGCAUUUGCAGCCAUCAUACUAUUUAUAACGAUAACCGGCAGCGUUGAUAUUGUCUUCAAAAGAGGCCCCUACUACGAGUUCCAGAGUUUUUACAUGGUUUGGACGGAGACUUGGUACCAGUGUAUACAGAGAUGUUUUCACUACGGUCUGUGUGAAAUGGUCAUCUUCCAAUCUUCAAGGUGCUUCAUGUACCCAGUGGACAAUGACGAAAUGUCAACAUGGACAGGUGCGGGCUGGUUACCUCGUCCCUAUCUUGUAAAAAAGAAAGAUGCAUCCAAGGUUUUCAAUGAGUCCUGUGCGAACUAUUAUUCUUGUCCAUUGGAUUCUUCCUGUGAACACUUACCUCAACUCGGGUUCAUCUGUACUCCUAUGUAUUUCACAUGGACACUGUGCAAAGGAAGGUGGGUGCCAUUCGAAGGCAGAUGUAUACAGAUAAAGUCACCACAAAAGCAACAAUCGGACGCACAGGCUGCAUGUGUUGAUGACUCAGCGGAUCUUGUUUCCGUGUUAACCAAAACGGACGAAAAGCUGAUAGUAAAAAUGACAGCGCAUUUCAGCACCAGUGUUUCAUUUGUUAAUACUAGUUUCACGAACCUUUACUGGAUCUCUAUGGAACACAGUUCAUCACAAGGGUGCUUUGCGCUGAGUCCGGACGAUGCUGAUGCACAUUUCACAAGUAGAAACUGCAGUGACGAGCUUUACUACAUCUGUGAGAGAACAUCCACCUUUACUAAUUACAUUGCAAAUUAAUCAAACAAGACCUUUCCUGGCAUUGAUGAUGUGAUUGAUCAGAAGGAGGAUGAAAACGGACAAAAUUUCAGAAGGAUGAGUGUAAAUCACACACCAUGGUGCACACUUUUUUAUGUCAUAAAACUAACAUGGUGUACAAUUUCUUAUGUCAUAGA